UGUUUGCUUAUCAGUGGUGAACUUCCACACAGUUAUGUAGUUCUGGCAAAAAGCAAUGACAAGCCUAUUCUGUUUAGUCAUCUCUGAUUGCGCAUUUUGGAACAGUAGCCUACUGAGGAAUCAGAAGUAGCCUAAAAUUUGAUCGACUAGUUGACGACGAUGGCGCUGUCUGGGUGGAUUUGUUUGGUAACGGGAGCCUCAAGGGGUAUCGGUAGAGGUAUCGCUUUGCAGUUAUCAGAAGCUGGAGCCACAGUGUAUAUCACUGGUCGCCAGGAGAACACCUUGAAGCACACUGCAGCUGAGGUCAAAGAAAGAGGAGGCAAUUGUAUACCAGUGAUAUGUGAUUCCUCAAAAGAGGGUGACAUUGAGGCACUCUUUGAAAGAAUAAAAGAGGAGCAAAAUGGCAGAUUGGACAUGUUGGUAAACAACGCCUAUGCUGGAGUACAGGUGAUAUUUGACAACAUGGGAAAGAAAUUCUGGGAAACUGAUCCAUCCAUGUGGGAUACAAUUAACAACACAGGACUGAGAGGCCACUACUUUUGCUCUGUCUAUGCUGCCAGACUGAUGGUGGCCCAGGGAAAGGGCCUAAUCAUUAUGAUCUCCUCCAUGGGAGGACUGCGCUAUCUCUUCAAUGUUCCCUAUGGAGUUGGCAAGGCUGCUUGUGACAGGCUUGCGGCAGACACUGCAGUGGAGCUUAAGAGCAGAGGAGUGGCGUCCGUGAGUCUGUGGCCAGGCGCAGUGCAGACUGAAAUGAUCUCUAAGAUGGUACUCGAGAAAGAUCAACCUCUCGGGGUUGACCCAAAGUUCAAAGAUGUGUUUGAAAAUGGAGAGACUACAGAGCUAAGUGGCAGAUGCAUUGUUGAGUUGGCCAAAGAUCAAAAUCUGAUGUCCCUCACGGGAAAGGUUCUAAUGACGUGUGACCUGGCGAGACGUUACAACCUAAAGGAUGUUGAUGGACGCAAUGUACUUGACUACACAUCCUUGAAGUUUGCGUUGACUCAGGUGCCCUACCUGUCUUGGCUGUCCUCCAUCACUCCGUCAUUCCUUCGUGUACCUCGAUUCAUCCUCACACUAGCAAGUGGACGUUUCUAAGUGAACACAUGGUGGUGUAAAACUACAAUUGGGAUUGUUGACUGAAUUUAUUAAGUGCAAUACUAAUACUUUUUGUUCAUUUUCAUGUUGUGUGCACAUUCUCAUAUGGUGAAAUGGAAGGACAUGUUCAGUUUUCUAAUUUGUAUGUUUUUUUCAAUAUGAAGUAAUCAUCUUGCUCAACAGCAACAACUUUUUAUUAUCACAUGAUUUUGGAGAUAUUAUAACAAUGCAACACUAUAGGCUACCUCCCAAGUUGUGCCUUCUACAGAAAACCUAGGCUUACCCAUAAAGUUUGAUAUAAGAAUUUGCUGUAUGGCUAGCCUACAGAUCUCAGAAUUCACCUAUUAGGCCUACAAUUUUUGUCAGUUGUAGCCUACUCGUAUAAUGCCGAAAAAUAAAAGUGGGAAAUUAAGAAAA